AUGGAACGGAUCCUCCCGACCGCCCUGGUCAUGGGCGUCAUAAUUGGUCUUGUGGUCGCGGCCUACAUGAACAUUUUUAAUGUUCCGGUGAUCGAAUGGGCCAUUGACCUCGAAGGCAAAGCCGCCGCCAAUGGCGAAGAGGACGAAUCGCAACUUCCGCUGAGCGCUCUAACAGGCCUUGGCGGCCAACGCGUGGGCAUGACCCUCGGUCUGGCGGUUGUUGGGGUCCUGUUCGGCGCGGUGUUUUCCGGCUUGUAUCACCUGAUGCGGUGGGCUACCCCCGGGUGGAGUCCAUGGGCGUGGGGCGCGAUCGCCGGUUUCCUCGGAUUUUGGGCCGUCUCCAUGUAUACGCAGAUCAAGUUCCCGCUCAAUCCGCCCGGUGUCGGAGACGAAUCCACCCUGUUGGCACGGCAGGGUUUUCAGUUCCUCUUCAUUUUCGUGUCAACCGCAUCCGUGGCGUUGGUUAUCUAUGGCGCGGGGCUUGUGAACCGCAACGCAAGCGGCGGGGCGCGGUGGUUCCGUUUCACCGCCGUCGGUCAUCUCCUGUUGUGGAUGGGCAUCGCGCUGGCCACCGUCGGAUACCGCCGGUAUCAGGAGCGGAAUAUUCAUGCGUUUCGCAACUCCGCCGCCGCGACCAGCUAA